CCAUACUCAUCCAUUUCUCAUCCAAAAUUAGAGUUUGAGAGCUUCUAAUUUGUUUUCAAUAGAGAGACAGUAUCUAUUCUCCACUGUAAGUUUCAUGUACGUUAUCUUUGCGAUCUUUAUCAGAUUCCUCAGUGUUUGUUUAUCAUUCACUCUUGAAAUUUUAUUUUCAUUCUCUCUUAUUUCUUUUCUUCUAGAGAUUCCCCUUGUGUCGGAAGAAUUUCAAAUAUUCUGAAUUUUCUUCUACUAUACUAGAUUUACUGCUGCAACGAUGUUGCCACUUCCAAGGGGGGAGUACGAGGUUUUCCUGAGUUUCAGAGGUCCAGAUGUCCGCACGACUUUUGCUGAUUUUCUGUACGAGUAUCUGGAUCAUUCCAAGAUUCGUACUUUCAUCGACGAGGAAGAGCUUCAUAAGGGAGAGGAUAUUGCCCCUUCCCUCGUCCAUGCAAUCGAGGAAUCCAAGAUCUACAUCCCGAUUCUUUCCAAAGACUAUGCUGCGAGCAAAUGGUGCCUUCAAGAGCUAGCUCUCAUGGUGAGAUGCUUCAAGCAAGGGAAGGGCCAUGUCAUCCUCCCCAUUUUCUACAUGGUCGAACCCAGGGACGUGCGACGCCAAGUGGGCGCUUACGAGGAAGCAUUUCGUGGACAUGUCGAGGAAUACGAUGCCGCCAUGGUUGAGGAAUGGAAGGAAGCUCUGGCAGAGGUUGGGAAAAUGAAGGGGUGGCAUGUGACUGAGAUUCAUAAGCAGGGAGCUAUCAUAGAUGACGUUUUCUCUAAGGUGUGGUCGCAAUUGACGAGGAAUUACACAUUAGUGACGGACGAGCUGGUCGGGAUCGAUUCACAUGUAGGGAAAGUGACAGAGCUGCUCGAGUUAAACCGUGGAGGACCCAAAAUUGUUGGUAUCCAUGGUAUGGGCGGAAUCGGUAAGACCGCCAUUGCUAAAGCCAUCUACAAUAAGGUGUGUGCACAGUUCAACCGCCAUUGUUUUCUGAAAGAUGUACGAGAAACAUUGUCGGACAAGAAGGGAGGUGUUCUUGCGCUGCAAAAUGCAGUCAUCUCAAGCAUUCUGAGGAGCAAUGAUCACCAGGUUGCAGAUGACGAUGAAGGAAUCCACGUUAUAAGGAACAGGGUCUGCAAGCAAAAGGUUUUGAUCGUCAUCGACGAUGUGGAUGAUCGGUUUCGGUUCGAGAAGAUUUUCGGGAGAUUGGAAAAUUUCUCGUCUGGAAGCAGAUUCAUUGUCACCACGAGAGAUAAAAGAGCUAUUGAGUUGUUUCAAGAAUACGAGUUGUAUGAACCUAAAGGAAUGAGCGAGGAACAUUCUUUCCAGCUCUUCGCCCGACAUGCCUUUGGAGUGGAUUGCCCUCCAGACGACUAUGUUGAUUUGUCCAACGAAUUCGUAAGAGUCGUGGAAGGCCUCCCUUUAGCUCUCAAGGUCAUAGGGUCGCUCUUGUUUCGUAAAGACAAAAGCUUUUGGAAAGCAAAGUUGAGACAACUGGAAGACGUACCUCCAUCCGAAUUGCAGGAGGUACUGAAGAUAGGUUAUUCGGAGUUGACUCUCGAGGAAAAACAAGUUUUCCUCGAUAUUGCUUGUUUCUUCAUCGGAGAAGAAAAGGAGAGGCCUUUCUAUAUGUGGAGUGAUUGCGGGUUUCAUCCAGAAAUCACAAUCAACACCCUUAUCUUGAGGUCCUUAAUAAAAGUUAACAACAGUGGUGAAGGAGGUGAGUUCUGGAUGCAUGAUCAUGUCAGAGAUCUCGGAAGAGCUAUCGUUCGUGAUGAAGAUACUCGACGUCCAUGGAAACGUAGCCGGAUAUGGAACACAGAGGAUGCCUUGAACAUUUUAACACAUGAAAAGGGAACUGAUCGAUUGGAAGCCAUGAGAAUUAACAUGGAAGAUGAAAAUGCAGAGGAGCUGACAAGCAGACAUUUUGUCAAGUUGUUUGGGUUGAGAUAUCUUGAAGUGGUGGGUGGAGGAUUGGUUGGCAAUUUCAGAGGAAUUCUUCCAAACAUCCGUUGGUUUCAACUGCACGAUUGCACUUCAAUCCCUGAUGAUCUGGACAUGAAAAAGUUGGUUGUUUUCGACAUAACCAAUUGCCCUGUAACAGAUGACUGGAGAGCAUGGAACAGAUUUAAUAAGGAUGCGCAGAAGCUGAAAGUGGUGGAUUUGACCAGCUGCUAUAACUUGACAAGAGCUCCCGACUUCUCCCGGGGUAGAAGCCUGGAGUUGAUAUGUCUUUUUGGUUGUACCCAAAUGAGUGGGCAACUUCACAUUGGGAAUUCAUCGAGGAAUCUAACCACGUUGAAUCUCGCCUACACCAGGAUAACCGAGUUGAGAGGGGACGUCAGAACACUUCCCAAACUCCAAGUGCUCAAUGCAGGGCACACAAGUUUAAGAGAACUGCCCAAUGAUCUCUACAGAUUAUCAUCCUUGGAACGCUUGGACCUCGGGCUGGAAAUGCGCGAGGAGUCGAAGCUGAAGAAAGUGGUGCCAAGACUCCCCACCAGUUUAAAGCAGCUGUCACUCUCAUCCUCCAGGGUCCCCAACCUUCUGGAGCUAUGGAACCUGGAGGAGUUGUGCUUCAAACACUGCGAUGACCUCGAGAUCCCUGGGGAUAUAUGGAGGCUGUCAAAGCUGAAGUCUCUGGAGCUGUCGUUCUGCUCUUGUGAGAGCUUACUAUUGGAGGACGGGAGUGAAAUGGCUUCCCUCCCAUCAUCUCUAACCCACCUCGACAUUUCUACUUGCUCUCCUUUGGAGCGAUUGCCGAGUCUUGCUAAUCUUGUUCACUUGAAGGAGAUGCAGUUGCGUGCUGUUGGAGUUUCUGAUAUUCCUGGACUGGGAGAGCUGAAAAUGCUGGAGACUCUGGAGAUAUAUCAUGCCCCAAACCUCACUCACCUCGACGGAGUUCAAUGUUUAGCAGCACUCAAGACAUUGACAUUGCAGGGCUGUCCGGUUCUGGAGAAACUGCCCAGCCUCUCGAACUUGACCAAGUUGCACAGCUUGACCAUCUCAUUCUGCAAGCUUCUGUCUGAAAUCCAAGGGCUAGGCCAAGGUGAAUCAUGGGAGCAUGAUCUAUUAGAGAUGGAGAUAAGGGGUUGUCCUAGCUUAGCAAUCGGUCAGGGUACUAUUCUUCUAGCUUUCCGGUCUGGGUUAGGAAAACUGAAGAAGCUGGUUUUGGAUCUUUCCGAGAUCCACGAACACCACAUUCCCACACUUGAUCUCUCUGGUCUCCACAAUGUCCAGGAGGUAUCCAUUACCGGGUCCAGUUGGCUGACCAAGGUUGAGGGACUCGAGAAAUUGGAGUCCUUGGAAUCACUUUGUAUGUCGAACUGCACGUCGAUCCGAGAGUUGUCCUGUGGAGCUGGUCUGAAGAAUCUGAAGGACUUGCAACUGGAUGGAUGUACGCAGUUGACCAAGGUCUCAGGGCUGGAGAGGUUGGAGUCGUUGGAUUUCUUAAAUAUGUCAGGCUGCAGGGCGAUGGAGGAGUUGCCGAGUCUGUCCAUGUUGAGCAGCCUAACGACUUUGAACAUUGAAGGAUGGACACAGCUGAAUGAGGUGGUGCAACUGGACACAUCAGAGUCGCUGAGAUUGCUGUCAAUGGGCGGCUGCACAUCCAUCAAGGAGCUGGAGUUAUCUGGUCUCUUUGAUCUCGAGACUUUAAUUAUCGAUGGAUGCACACAGUUGGCUGAAGUUACAGGAAUGGAAGGGCUGCAACAGCUGGAAUGGGUAGAUAUGUCGAGUUGCCCUUCACUUGAGGAGUUGCCAAAUUUACCCAGAAACAUCAGCAUCUUGAAUAUUGACCAGUGCGAGGAAUUGAGCGAGGUGAUGGGGCUUCUGAGUUUGGAGCCGUCGUUGAAAGAGUUGAGAAUGUACAACUGUUCAUCGGUCAAGAACUUGCCAGAUUUAUCUGGGUUUAUGCAGUUGAGUUGGUUGGAUAUCAGGGGAUGUAUACAGUUGUCUGAAGUCACUGGAAUUGAGAGAUUGGAGUCGUUAGACGCGGUGUAUAUGGACUAGAUCCGUCGGCUGAAAUAGAUGACUGCACUGAUCGACAUUGGCAUAUUGCACACUCAAGGCAGCUCCACAGCAUUCAACUUCUCUUGAAGAUUUGCAACUUUCUUCUGUAGGCUCAAUCUGAUGAAUAAUUUCAUCAAAUUUUACAAUAAGAUUUGCAUCUGGCCAUACUAGGAGAUUCAGACGCUAAACAGAUCGGGAAGGGAAGUUCAUAGCCAUAGAUAAAUCGUUAGAUGAUACCUUAAAUGACUUGGAACGAUGCAUUGAAGGAUCUAUCAAGAGUUCCCUGAUUCUGCAGAACACCGAAAGUCGACAGUAAUCAAAAUUCCUGAGACUUAUAAAUUUGAAGCUGUCAG